CCCGCCACCCUUUUAGGCGCACGAGCUGCUCGAGUUUCUGCCUCCGAUUUCUCCUCUUCCUUCCUUAUUUACGAGCGCCGAGGCCGCCUGGGACCAUUGGUUCUUCUUCUUCCCUCGUCGCUGCCUGCCAUCACCGGCCGUGCUGCGCUUGCGCGUUGAAGAGGAAUCCGGCCGGCCGUCGUCCUCGACCGAUACAUGGGGCACCGGGGGGACACCAAGCCUGUCAGUGGCGGCGGGUUCAGUGAGAAUGGCAAGUUUAGCUAUGGUUAUGCGAGCAGUCUAGGGAAAAGAUCUUCCAUGGAGGACUUCCACGAGACGAGAAUCGAUGGCGUCGAUGGAGAGACCGUCGGAUUGUUCGGUGUUUUCGACGGCCAUGGUGGAGCUCGAGCCGCGGAGUUCGUCAAGCAGAACCUUUUCAGCAACUUAAUCAAGCACCCAAAGUUCUUCACCGAUACCAAGUCUGCUAUUGCUGAAACUUUCACCCAUACGGAUUCAGAGCUCCUGAAGGCCGAUACCACCCACAACCGAGAUGCAGGGUCGACGGCCUCCACGGCCAUUCUCGUUGGCGAUCGCCUGGUGGUGGCAAACGUUGGGGACUCUAGGGCGGUCAUUUGUAGGGGUGGUGAUGCCAUAGCCGUGUCAAGGGACCAUAAGCCUGACCAGACAGAUGAAAGGCAGAGGAUAGAGGACGCCGGAGGUUUCGUGAUGUGGGCAGGUACAUGGCGUGUGGGCGGCGUGCUUGCUGUUUCUCGGGCAUUUGGUGACAAACUGUUGAAGCAGUACGUGGUUGCCGAUCCAGAGAUCAAGGAGGAGGUGGUCGACAGCUCCCUGGAGUUCCUCAUCCUGGCGAGCGACGGGCUGUGGGACGUCGUCUCCAACGAGGAAGCCGUGGCCAUGGUGAAGCCGAUCGUGGACUCGCAGGAGGCGGCCAAGAAGCUCCUCGUCGAGGCAACGCGGAGGGGAAGCGCCGACAACAUCACCUGCGUCGUCGUCCGUUUCCUGGACCAGCAGCCCCCGGCGGCGGCCACCAACGGAUCCCCAGCCCCUGCCGCAGCGAGCAAGUGAACAUUUCCUCCUCGAAGCGCGUAGGUGUUCACAGGGCAAUGUGUUGUGCAAGCAAUGUGUCUGAUGACGUUGCCCUUCGCAUGCGUGUUUAUUUGCUUCACUCCAGUUUACCCAUGCCUGUACUGAUCAUGUAUGUUCUCAGCUGUUCUCAUUUCAAAUCUUUGUGAAUGUGCGUCUCCGAA